UUCAUGUCACUUGUCAUUUUAUGAAACUUGAAAUUUAUGUUUGAGUUGUUAGGUUUUCAGUUUGUCCGAAUAUUUAUUUAAAAGUUUUUGGUGUGCUAUCUAUAAUAUCUGAGUAAAAUAAUAUUUAUCGUAGGCUUUUGCAAUCGUAAAUUGACUUCCAAAGCAUGGAAUUCAUUGAAGCCAUACCGGUUACUUUUAAAGAAAUCACCCCAAACCAUAAUAUUCCAGAAAAAUGGAAGGAAGUUGUAUUAAAUACAGGUGGAACACAUAGUACACUCCAAGAUAUUAAACUUCCUCAAAAAGCAGGUGGUUAUUGGUACAGAGACUCCAAAAAGGCUAAUACAAGGAAUCGAUUUAUAUAUUGGCAAACAACAUCUGAUUCUAUAGAACUAUCAGAAGCUUCGCUAGAUGUAAAUUUGGCUGGAUGCAACUUAAGAUGUAAGGUAGCGCCAGGGACACCACCUUUAAACAAUUUAGCAUUCUACGAAAGAACAUCUUCUCAGCAAAUUGUUAUACUUGCUGCUACAGUUUCAUCAGUACAUAGACUGGUGUUCCCUCAUCCUGACGUUUUGCAUUUUAGAUUAGAUAGAAAGUCAACAUUUGGAUCAAGUGGUAAUAUGACUCCAUCAAUAUUUAUUGAUACCAGUGCAAUAAAUAAUCCAAACAAUUAUUAUAUUCUCAAUCAAUAUUCUAACACAAAUACGGGAGUGGCACACUCCUGUGCCUCCUUAUUGCGAGACAAUGGUGAGGCAGUAUUCGCCUUAGCAUUUGGUUAUGGUGUUGAAGGAGGGCUUUUGUUAGUCAAGCUACCAGUCACCGGUUCUGCAGUCACUUUAUCACUUAAACGGGAAUCUACAGUACCUAGAUUCUUACAUGGAAUUACUGGAGCAUUAAGAGGGAAGAGUGAUGGUGUUGAUACUUAUGGAGUAGUGCUUGUUAAUGGGUUGGCCGUUGCAAUUUGCGGUGAUACUUGCCUUCGUGCUUGGCUGUUGGAUGAUGGGGGAGCACCCACCGCUGUCUCCGCACCUUUAUCACAAACAUUAGAGAGACCUAAACCUCCUCCACAUGGUCACAUGUUACAAUAUACAACUGCAUUGGAUGGAAGUAUCUUAUUAGUGGCCUAUAUCUCCUUUCCCAAUGAAUGUGAGUUUAUGGUGAUGAAAAUGCACGAUGGAGGUGCUGGCGCCGUCAAAUUCUCACAGAUAUGCCACAUAUUUGGACCUCAGCUGGACCUCCUUGAUUAUUCAAUUGGUUAUGGCGAGGGCAGCCACGUUAUAUGGGCGUUAUGGACACAACCAGACGGGGAUGCUGUAGUGACAAGUAGUGCGAUCGGUGCGGAAGUAAGCUGGCGUGCGGUUGCGGCGCGCGAGCCUCUGUCCGCUUUACCGCAGCUGGCUUCAAACCAGCAAUAUCGCGAUCGGCUUCUGACUCCAGGCCUGUUUCCUCAAGCCCUUGUUAAAAAGGCCCUUGUGAUAUACCGCCGAACUUGGGGAGGUGCUGAAACCGGAAUGGAUGCAGACCUGAAGGAAUCAUGCAUGAGCGCUGUGCAAGCGCGCAUGCGCAAUCUUACCGCGCGAUCCACAACUCUUGACCAUUCACAGCUGAUGCAUAAAUGCUGGUCAGAUUUAUACAGCUGGUGCAUGCAAUACAUGGAAGGCUUGCAGAAACCACUCGGUCUUAUGGUGUCGAAACAUAGCGGCGAGGCGGAUAGCGGUUGGUGGUGUGCGGUGGUGCGUCGCUCAGGCGUCUCGCUGGUGCGUCAGCUAGAGCCGCUCGAACGCAUCAUGCUAUCGCCAUCACCGGAGGACACGUUACCUGACGCCCGUGCAGUUAUGGGUGGUGACACAGGGGAGUUGUCCGCGGACGCGGUCAGAGUCGUGGUUGCCGGCGCUCGCUGGGAGCGGGCCGCCACCACGCCGGGCGCGGCCGACCUCGAGCGGAGGCUGUUUGCGUGCGCGGCGCCGCUGGACCGCUUACUGCCUCGCCUGAUAUAUCUGCUACACGCCGCUACGCCGCAGGAUCACCCCGCACCAACUUUGUCACCAGAGCAGAUUGAUGAAAUCACAUCAAUUUUGGAGCCUAUCAGGGAUUUACAAAAUGCAGUACUCGAACUGAACGAUGCGUUAAGAUUGGAUGUUCCCGAAAUUGAUACAUGUACAAGCGAUAAUGAAGAAACGAGCGAGUACGAGAACCUCUUUGCUAGUGAUCUAGGUGUGGCUAUAGUUACUGAAGCGAUACGUCAAAUGGCUGAAAUGAGGUCACGCGUCGUCCGCGGGGCUAUGGCAGCGAUGGGUGUGGCGAGAGGCGCAGGUGGAGUGCCAGGUGCAGGACAUUGCGCCGUACACUGGCAAGCGUAUCGCGCUCUUUUGUGGCUAAGAGCAGCUACGCUGCAGCGUCCUGCGGCAGGAUCGUCGGAAGCAUUCCGUCUUAAAUUAACGGCGUUGGGUGGAGAGAGUGCGGAGAGCUCGAGCACUGCGGAGACUGUGGGGGGGGCGGCGGCUGCGUACGCGGCAGCUGCCGGGGGGCGACGUGCCAGAACGCACCUCGCGGCCGCACGCGCGCCUACUCACUGGCAUCAGGCGCUGCCGCUAAUGGCGUACCACCUCGCGCAUCAACUUUGGGCUGUAAGCGGUGGAUUCGAGUUUGGUUGGUGGGUAGCUUCCAUAAACCAGCCGCGCCUUGUGCAGAAUUACGUGGCGCUUUUGGAACCAUGGUGCGAGUGGAACGCUUGCUCGCGUCAGUUUAUCCUGGGACUGGCUCUGCUUGAGUUGGACGACGCGGAGGGUGCGUACACGGCUUUCUGUCGCGCCGCAAAGGGUGUAAGCACAGAGCCCUUCCUGCGCAACUUGGUCGCUACGCCCGAUGCUAGGCUUACUCAGCAUCAGGCACUCGUUCUUUACUACAUGAAGGUGAUAAAAUUGUUCGAGAUACAUGACGCUGGUGCAUGCGUCGUAAGACUGGCGGAGACGGCAAUCAGUAUAGCGGAUAAAGAUGAUCCAAAUUUGGCGAUGUUCCAAUGGGUAGUAUUCAAGUGGCACUUGUCGGGCGGGCGCGUGUCGCGUGCUCUGAGCGCAGCGGCCGCCAAUCCCGCACCACACGCUCGCGCGGCCGCUGCCGCUACACUUCUGACUACGCUCGCGGAGCGUAAACAGCUGGGUGCGUUGGUGUCUUGCGGCGCGCUGGCGGCUGAGGCGGAGCGAGCGGCGGCCGCGCGUGCAAAGCUUCACGACCCGCAUCCACACAACCCGUACUACGACUUCCUUUACGCGCUAUAUAUCUCACGACAACAUUACCGGAAAGCGGCGGCAGUGAUGUACGAGCGUGCCGCACGGUGCGCGUCAGAACGCGGCGGCGCGAAGUGGCGACGCCGCUGGCUAGCGGCCGCGGUCACGUGCCUGCGACUCGCCGCACCCGACCACGCCUUCCUCGCGAAGCCCUCCGCACCUGCCAACGCACCCAGAGCGCUGCAGGUCAUUGGUCCGGACGAAUUGGCCGCGGAGUUGCGCCAAGAAGUACCGGAAGCCUUAGACGCUGUACAACAAGCCUUGCUUAAAACAGAAAACAUAGACUUUGAAAAUUUAUAUCCAAAAUUGAACGAGGCAGAUGCGGAAACCUUAUUGGCAGUGACUAAGAGAGCUAUAAGUACCAGCCAGUUUUUACCCAAAUGGUUCCUCCAGAGAUUUAUGGAGGUGGAGGGCAGUCUGUGCAUACGCGCAUUACUAAGCGGUGGGCGUGCGUUAGAAGCGGGCGAGCUAUGUUGCGAGGCGUUACGACGUGCUGCGCUGGCACUAUGCCCGCCCGCGCCCUCACCCCGCGCCGCGCCGCUCGCCCUGGCCGACCUGCUACUCAGCGAGCUUCCUCACCACACCCACCAUCCGCACGUCAAACAGGUAUAUAAUGACCUUAAGACCUUAGUGGAUGAAUACAUGAAAAUCGUAAUACGCACAUCAGAAGAUAUGAAGUUGGCACAAAUAAAAACACAUAUAUAAAUAAGAUUAGCUAAUAAACUUUUGUUUAUUUAAUUAAAGUAAUUUUCUUUAACAACUGCAGAUCACUACUUUGUUAUUAUACAACAC